AUGGGAGGAGUAGGAAGAGAAUGUGAAAGUGUUGAAGACCCAGCAAAAAUUAUCACAAAUCAAAACCUAGAAGAUUUGGAACCAUUGUUUGAUCGCUGGAAAGGCACAGAAGUUUGCGAGAAAUUGCCCGUAUGUGUACGCGGUUCGGACAAGCCGCUCGACUUGAUACUCGUAAUCGACUCCUCCGAAUCGGUAGCUCGUCUGUUCGAUGAGCAAAUUCGGUUCGCGAUCGAACGGGUCGUACAGAACUGCAACAUACAUCCGGAUGCCGUCAGGUUCUUAUCUGCACCGAUUAUAGCCCUUAGCGGUCUCUUUUUCCAAGUUCUGCAAGAGUGA